AUGAGACCCAGCCUUCUCCUGGUCGUGGCCCUCUGGGCAGGCUGCGCGUCCUGCGGUGGACUGGAAGGUGCGCCGGCAUGCCACCUCCAGGUGCAAUGCCGAGCCUUCAGGUACCCAAUCGCUGUAGACUGCUCCUGGGCCCCGCCUCCAGCUCCAAACUCCAGUGGCCCCACCUCUUACAUCACCACUUACAGGCUCGGACUGGCCUUGCGUGGGGAGAGUCGGCCCUGCCUCCAGCCCACACCGGAAACCCGCCGCUGUGCCAUCCGGGACUUCCAGAUGUUCUCCAUGGUGCCCUACGUGCUCAACGUCACGGCUGUCCUCCCCGGGGGGCCCAGCAGCACCCUCCUGCCCUUCGUUCCCGAGCGCAUCACCCUUUAG